UAUUGACUAAGAUGAAGUGAUUCCCUUAGUCAUAUGCAAGAAAACAAACUUGACUAGUAUGCCUAAACAAAUGAAUACUAUUUUCAUUGGUUGGAAGCGAUCUCGAGAGGGUUGGGUCAAACUCACUGAGCUUUAGUGUGUGCCAUCAAGUUUAGUCAACCUUUCUGGGUGUGGAGGUCUUCUCCGAGAUAGUAGCAGGGUUUGUCUUGUUAGUUAUGUCUGCAAGCUUGGAACUUGUAAUACGCUCCAUGCGGAAAUGUGGGGAAUGUAUAUCGGUAUGGAUUUGGCUAUGAGACAAAGAAUUGCGCACCUUCAAGUUGAUAGUGACGCAAAGGUGCUAGUCCACAUGGUAACAGGAAAUUGCACCAUUAACGGAAAUAUUUCUACCUUGGUUCGGCAUAUUCGUGAUCUAAAAAAAUAUGAACUGACAGGUUCAUAUAAACCGUACUUGGCGUGAAUGAAACAGAUUGGCGGAUUGACUAGCUAACUUUAGUCUAUCUCUAAACUUUUUUGAUUUGCAUGUUUUGGAGGCUCCCUUAGAAAUCUUUAGAUACUUCUUUUUGAUGACAUAUCUGGCUCUUGCAUGCCUCGGAAUGUUCAUUUAACUUUCUAAUUUUCCGUUUUUCUUUUAGCCCCCUUUGUACACAAAAAAAAAAUUAUUAAAAAAAAUAGCAAAAAAAAUAAAUUGACACAAAAGAGAGAUUUGAACCCUUGACCACUAGUUAAAAAAGCAUACAACAUACCAACAAGACAAACAAUCACUUUAGUACUUCAUACCAUUUGUUAUUAUUUUAUAUUAAUAUUUUGUUAUAUAUUGUUUAAAAAAAAAAAACCUAAACCUUAAACCUAAACAGCAUCUCUAAGUCUAACCCUAUUCUGCCGUCGCGCAGGAUGAACAAAACACAACACAAUCUUUCAACUUUGAUUUUCUUCAAAAAUACUACCUCUAAACAAAAAUUGACAAAAUCUUUCAACUUUGAUUUUCUUCAAAAAUACUACCCUAACCCUUCUAUAUAUAAUCAUGGUAUCACUCCUACAAAUUCACACAACAAAACGCAGUGUAUUUUCUUUCAUUGAAAUCGCUGUCACUGAAUGGAGGACGGAGAAGCUUCCUUUACGUCACCAUUAUCUCACAAAAAGAUGGUUUCUAACGUAAAAAAAGAGGAGGGUUAUAAAGGAAUAUCGUUCGUAGAUUUACUAGACAGACUGUUUAUAUGGAGGAGUUACUCAUGGAUCCCGCUUUUCAUGUGACUGGAACAAAACAUACACCAAAUGUAUCUGAAUUUAGCCUAGUCACUCCAAAUGAUUUGGGAGUGCAAGCAGAUAUGUCGAAUGACUGUGGAGUUUGGGUCAUUAUGUGGAUGAAGCAAAUGGGAGAAAAAGAAUAUAAGAUUGAUGUGGAUGAUGGUACAAGACUAAGGAUAGCAUUAGAUUUGAUAUUGGAUCCUUCCAACGAAUUGAAAGAGAAAGCUUUGGCUGCUGCAAAAAAAAAAAACUUUGGCUGGUGCAAAAAAAAGAAGAGUUAAAGAAUCCAACAGCUGCUGACUAAAUUUUAUACCACAUGUUUUGUGGGAUUUUGCAGUCUUACAAUUUCUUUUAAAGUUCUGACUUAUUUAGUUUCUACCAGGAUGGAUGGUUGACUAGUUUCUAUUUUUUGGAUAUCUUAUUUUGACUUUACUUAUUCAGUUUCUACCAAUAUGGAUGAUUGAUUAUUUAAUAAAUUUUUUGAUAACU